GUUCUUUUUCGUAAGGGUUAAUAUUAUAAAUUACUUAUUUGUGCAACAAAACACAAGAACGAGUGUAUUAUUCGUGAAGAAAUAUUUGAUUUUGUCCUUUUCCUGUUCCUAUCGAUCUCACUUUGUGUUUCUAAGUAACUGAUCGUGUUUACCUAUAGAUAUGUAUGUGUGCGCUUUUGAGAAAUAUUAAUCUCACUCAGUUAUUGUGAGGAAAAGUCUAAGAAGAUAUUAAUCAGAAUGUAUACUAAAAUUCCUUUUGAAAAGAUAUUCUAAAAAUAUUAGUGUAUUAUGCCGUUUCAACUAGAAACUAGUGAGAAUACUUGUGACGACAGUGAGGUAAAACACAUAUGUAUUAUUAAGACACUUUUAUACUAGAAGUUACAAAUGUGUAAUAAUUGAUGUAAACAAUGCAGUAUCAGAAUUCAUAUCGCAUGGAGCCGCAAAAUUCGUUCAAGACUGAUCAAGUAGACAAGAUAGUGAGAACUGUUAUGAACGAUCGUUUAGACGAGUUCACGUACGAUGAUGCAAACGCUAUAAAAUUAUGCUGCGACAUCGCGGCAGAUGUGCGACGACGCGUGAAGAAACUCAAUUUUGAUAGAUAUAAGAUUGUCGUUGUCGUCACGAUCAUCGAGAAGAUCAGUCAGUCCGUAGAAACGACCCUAGGUUUCUUGUGUGACAAUGGAACAGAUGAUUAUUCCGUAUUCUCUCUCGAAGGCCAGACUUUUUACGCACAUUGCUGUACGCUCGGACUCUACUACGAGUAACAAAAAAUCAAGUAUUGACGUAAAACCUAUCUUCGUCUAUCAGUUCCUUUUGGUCAUAUGAAUUACUAUGUUUGGCUUACGAUGGUGACACCCGGAAGAGUAUUAAAGAAUUAAAGAAACAGCAACGCAAGUAAAUGCUACUUUAAUGAAUUAGUAAUAAUAGAAAAUACAGAGAUUACAAAUAAGAAGCAAGAAUAUAAUAUAGAUUUCAAAAAGAAGAACGGUAAUUGACAAGUCUUUAUGUAAAUAAAUUAUUAUAUAAAUUCUUUGU